UCUUUUUCUCUACCUUUUCUUUCUCAAGAAGCUGAGAGAUAUAGAUAUACACAAAUAUAUAUAUAUAUAUAUUCGUAGAGAGAGAGAUUUUGGGGGUGAGAGAGAGAGAGAGAAAGUGCGUGGCGUUUGUAGUCCUCGUCACCGCUGCAGAGAGAGAGAGAGAGGAGAGGUUUGAAAUAAAGAGCAUUACUUGUGAGUUGUGAUUUUGGAGGAUCGGAGCUAGGGCUUUUCGGCGGAAUGAAGAUUGGAAAUGCGAAUUCUUGAGAAUUCAAGUUCCGAUCUCAUUGAAAACCGUCGGAAUUAGGGUUUAUUGGGUAGAUAUGGACGUGGAUUCGGCUAUGGCUACGGAGCCCGAUCACGAUCCUUCGGAGCAGCCCACCACGGCUAAUGGUGUGGACCAGCCAACCGAAUCCGAAUCCUCGACGCCUCAGCAGCAGCAGCAGCAACAGACUAACAAUAGCAGUAUUAUUAAUAAUAGUAGUAAUAGUGGUGGUGGUGCUGGCCCAGGACCGGUGGUGGCGGGUCCACGCUGUGCGCCGACUUACAGUGUGGUGAACGCGAUAAUAGAGAAGAAGGAGGAUGGUCCCGGUCCGCGGUGUGGCCACACCCUGACUGCUGUGCCUGCCGUUGGGGAAGAGGGGAUUCCUGGGUAUAUUGGCCCGAGAUUAAUUCUGUUCGGGGGAGCGACAGCCCUUGAAGGGAAUUCUGCGGCAUCAGGAACUCCUUCAUCGGCCGGCAGCGCUGGAAUUCGGUUGGCAGGUGCUACUGCUGACGUGCACUGCUAUGAUGUUUUGACAAAUAAAUGGUCUCGAAUAACUCCAAUUGGAGAGCCGCCCACACCUCGGGCAGCUCAUGUCGCAACUGCUGUAGGUACCAUGGUUGUUAUUCAGGGUGGGAUUGGUCCAGCUGGUUUGUCUGCGGAAGAUCUUCAUGUCCUGGAUCUUACGCAACAGCGGCCAAGAUGGCAUAGGGUUGUGGUCCAAGGUCCUGGGCCAGGACCACGCUAUGGGCAUGUCAUGGCUUUGGUUGGACAACGAUAUCUCAUGGCAAUUGGCGGAAAUGAUGGAAAACGACCGCUAGCUGAUGUUUGGGCACUGGAUACCGCUGCAAAGCCAUAUGAAUGGCGAAAACUGGAACCAGAGGGUGAAGGUCCACCACCUUGCAUGUAUGCAACAGCGAGUGCGCGCUCUGAUGGUCUUCUUUUGCUCUGUGGUGGGAGGGAUGCGAAUAGUGUGCCACUGGCUAGUGCAUAUGGGCUUGCCAAACAUAGAGAUGGUCGUUGGGAAUGGGCCAUUGCUCCUGGUGUCUCACCGUCUCCAAGAUAUCAACAUGCAGCUGUUUUUGUUAAUGCACGUCUUCAUGUAUCUGGAGGGGCUCUCGGCGGCGGGCGCAUGGUAGAGGACUCCUCAAGUGUGGCAGUUUUGGAUACUGCAGCUGGAGUUUGGUGUGACACAAAAUCUGUUGUCACAAGUCCGAGGACCGGAAAAUAUAGCGCAGAUGCUGCUGGUGGGGAUGCCGCAGUUGAAUUGACAAGGCGCUGUAGGCAUGCUGCCGCCGCUGUCGGUGACUUGAUCUUCAUCUAUGGUGGCCUGCGUGGGGGGGUGCUGCUGGAUGAUUUGCUUGUUGCUGAAGAUCUGGCUGCUGCUGAAACAACUAGUGCAGCUUCCCAUGCAGCUGCUGCAGCAGCUGCGUCCAAUGUGCAGCAAGGAAGGUUAUCAGGUAGAUAUGGAUAUACUGAUGAAGGAAAUGGGGCGAAUGUGCCUGACGCUGCUGCUGCUGAUGGUGCAGUUGUGGUGGGAAAUCCUGUUGCUCCCCCUGUAAAUGGUGAUAUUUAUACGGACAUAAGCACAGAAAACGCAGUGCUCCAAGGUUCCCGGUUGAGUAAAGGUGUUGAGUACUUAGUUGAAGCUGCAGCAGCAGAAGCUGAGGCCAUUAGUGCUGCACUGGCGGCUGCUAAAGCUCGACAAGUUAAUGGGGAACUUGAGCUGCCAGAUAGAGAUCGUGGGGCAGAGGCUACCCCUAGUGGGAAGCAAGUAUCUAUCUUGACCAAGCCUGAUUCAGUGAUGUCAAAUAAUUCUGCCCCGCCUGGAGUUAGGCUCCAUCAUCGUGCUGUGGUUGUAGCUGCUGAGACUGGUGGUGCUUUAGGUGGGAUGGUCAGACAGCUUUCAAUUGAUCAGUUCGAAAAUGAAGGCAGGCGUGUCAGUUAUGGAACUCCGGAAAGCGCAACCGCAGCUAGGAAACUUUUAGAUCGGCAAAUGUCUAUUAACAGUGUACCAAAGAAGGUGAUUGCCCAUCUUCUUAAACCUCGUGGUUGGAAGCCUCCAGUUCGCAGACAAUUUUUCUUGGAUUGCAACGAGAUUGCAGAUCUUUGUGAUAGUGCGGAGAGAAUAUUUGCAAGUGAACCUAGUGUACUACAGCUGAAGGCUCCUAUUAAGAUAUUUGGGGACUUGCAUGGGCAAUUUGGUGAUCUUAUGCGACUUUUUGAUGAAUAUGGAUCACCUUCUACUGCUGGUGAUAUAGCAUAUAUUGAUUAUCUCUUCUUGGGAGACUAUGUUGAUCGUGGUCAACACAGUUUGGAAACCAUCACUCUUCUCUUAGCUCUCAAGGUUGAGCAUCCCCAUCAAAUACAUUUGAUUCGUGGUAAUCAUGAAGCUGCGGAUAUUAAUGCUCUUUUUGGCUUUCGAAUUGAGUGCAUUGAGCGUAUGGGUGAGAGAGAUGGAAUUUGGGCAUGGCAUCGGAUAAACAGAUUGUUCAACUGGCUUCCUCUGGCUGCAUUAAUUGAGAAAAAAAUUAUUUGUAUGCAUGGUGGUAUUGGGAGAUCGAUAAACCAUGUAGAACAGAUUGAGAAUAUUCAGCGUCCGAUUGCAAUGGAAGCAGGAUCUAUUGUUCUUAUGGACUUGUUGUGGUCUGAUCCCACUGAGAAUGACAGUGUAGAAGGACUGCGACCAAAUGCAAGAGGUCCUGGUUUGGUAACCUUUGGGCCUGAUCGUGUUAUGGAAUUCUGUAACAACAACGAUCUUCAAUUGAUUGUUCGAGCACAUGAGUGUGUGAUGGAUGGCUUUGAAAGAUUUGCUCAGGGACAUUUAAUCACUCUUUUCUCAGCGACAAACUACUGCGGUACUGCCAACAAUGCUGGUGCUAUCCUAGUUUUGGGUAGAGAUUUAGUGGUUGUACCCAAACUAAUUCACCCAUUGCCACCUGCAAUUUCAUCCCCAGAAACCUCCCCUGAACGGCAUAUAGAAGACACUUGGAUGCAGGAGCUCAAUGCUAACAGGCCACCUACUCCCACCAGAGGCCGUCCUCAAGUUCCUAACGACCGAGGUUCUCUUGCUUGGAUUUAGAUUAUGCUCCCAGAUUUUCCUAUACUUCUUCCAGGCUCAUGCUAACACCAGGAAUUUCCAGUGAUUUGUACAUAGCAUGAUGCUACAAAGAGAUAUUCAUGAAAGAGCCAUACUCUUCUCGGAGAUUGGAAGACUUUGGGCACCUCAUUCAUGCUUGAGAAGCCUUCAGGAGACAAGAUAUGUUUUGAUGUGCAAUGUCUAUACUCUGUUGUGGUGAAAGCAAUUUGGGGGUUCCUGACAUUUCCUGGGGCUGAAAACCGGUAAGAGUCAGGAUGUUGUUCAUCUCUCCCUUUAGCAGCCAGGCUGGUUGUUCCUAGUUAGCUUUCUCUAUACUUUUUUUGGUCAUGUAGGUGUAUUAUUUUUCUGUUUGAAGAGGACAUGAGGUCCUUAUACGUGGUUGGUGAGCGAGAUCAUGUUGCAAUUUCUGGGUCGUCCGUGUAUAAUAGAGGGUAUUGCCUUGUGUAAUUCAUGUUUCUGUUCAAUACAAUGUAACCAUUGUGUGAAGAUGAGAAUCCGUUUUUUGUUAAUUUUUUCAUGAGUAGA